AUGACCCCGUUGUCCAGGCCUGCCAUACUUCAAUUCGGAGGGCCUACCUUUGGUCAGGACCCAUCGUAUUUAGAUCCCAUCUCGAAUGAUCUCAACCCUUUGGAAUUCGGAUUUCCAGAUCUGCUGCAAUCAACCUGGCCUAAAAAUGACUUUUUGGGGUCUUCAAAUGUUUGGUCACCAGGGGAAUUCUGUAACUCGUCUUUUCAAGAUGGGACUACAUAUGAGGAUAUUUUUGAGAAGUCACUAGAUGGUUUCUUCUCCACUUGCGCUGUCUCUGAUAUUCCAGGCCUGGAUCUUUCUCAAGCAUUAUCUGACCCGGAAUCCGUCCCUUUCGAUGGGGAAGACCUUGUCAGCGAGCUGAACUUAGAGCCGUCACCAGUGCAGACAGCUGGCAUUGAUAUGGAAGCAAAUGAGCCAUUUCGCCAAGCCGUUACAAAGUCCCCCGAACCAGAACUCUGCAAGAAGAGGAUAUCUUAUACGCCUGCAUGGAAGCCCGACUCCUCAGCCAAGACCCCAAAGCGGCCCAGAAAGUCUGCCAAGACGAGCAAAAAUACAAGUCCAAGGUCUUCCAACCGAUCACCCACAACACCUGAAUCUGAUAACGGCGCCGGGUCAAGCUCAGCUCUAAGAGCCAACCACAAUCUCACUGAGAAAUUGUAUCGGAAUCGAUUGAAUGGGCAAUUUGAAACCCUUCUUUCAGCCUUACCUCCAGCACACGAUGCAGGUGAUGUACGAAAUGGCGAGGAAAAGAGGGUCAGUAAAGCGGAAGUGUUGAUUUUAGCAAAGGAGUACAUCCGGGCACUGGAACAGACUCGGUUGGAACUUGAAAAGGAGAUGGGCAGCCUGUCUAGUGAUGUAGAGAGCUUGAAGGGGGUAUGGAUAGGCAUGAAUGCCGAGAGGAAUUGA